AUGGCAGAGCUACAAAUGCUGUUAGAGGAAGAGAUUCCGGCUGGUAAAAGAGCCCUUGUCGAGAGCUACCAGAAUCUUUCUAGGGUCGCUGAGUACUGUGAAAACAAUUAUGUCCAGGCCCAGGACAAGAGGAAAGCCCUGGAGGAGACCAAAGCCUACACCACCCAGUCUUUGGCCAGUGUAGCCUAUCAGAUCAAUGCCUUAGCCAACAAUGUGCUUCAGCUGCUGGACAUCCAGGCCUCUCAGCUACGCCGCAUGGAGUCCUCCAUCAACCACAUCUCUCAGACUGUGGACAUUCACAAGGAGAAAGUGGCAAGGCGGGAAAUCGGCAUCCUGACCACCAAUAAGAACACAUCUCGGACUCACAAGAUCAUCGCCCCUGGCAACAUGGAGAGGCCGGUGCGCUACAUCAGGAAGCCCAUCGACUACACGCUGCUGGACGACGUCGGCCACGGCGUCAAAUGGCUAAAAGCCAAGCAUGGGAACAGCCAACCAGCCAAAGGAGGGACGUUGUCCAGGAGCAAUCCGCCGACACAGAAGCCUCCCAGUCCACCCAUGGCAGGGCGGGGCACUCUUGGCCGUAACACACCGUAUAAAACCCUGGAACCGGUCAAACCUCCCACAGUUCCCAAUGACUACAUGACCAGCCCAGCAAGACUGGGCAGUCAGAACAGCCCAGGACGCACAGCCUCUCUCAACCAAAGACCUAGAACACACAGUGGCAGCAGUGGGGGUAGUGGUGGGAGGGAGAACAGUGCUAACAGUACUGGUAUUCCGCUGGCUGUGCCGACACCCUCCCCUCCCAGUAUAGCACCAGGUGAGCACUCACACGCAGUUAUGCAAUCAGGUGCCCCCCCCCCCCCCUUCUGUCUCCCUCUCUGUCUCUCUCUCUCUGAAGUGGUUCCUCCAGGUCCGGGUCUGGGUCCUAUCCCUAUGUCCCAGUUUGGCACUAUCUCACGGCAGAUCUCUCGCCACGGCUCCUCCGCCACCUCCUCCUCCGCCUCCAUGGUGUCGGCCACAGGCACUUACCGCCGCGCUCCAUCCAGCUCCGCCCAGUUCUCCAACCCCCAGCCUCAGCUCAAUGGUGGGCCUGCCUCCUACACCCAAAACCCAGCGUCUGUCGCUCAGCCACCUCCUCCCAUGGCACAGUUGACUCCUCAGAUCCCUCUCACUGGCUUUGUGGCCAGAGUGCAGGAGAACAUUACUGAUAGCCCAUCCCCUCCUCCGCCCCCUCUUCCAGAGGACACCGUCCUGUUUGAGGAGUCAGCUCCUCCCCCCCCACCUCCUCCAGUGGACUACGAGGACGAGGACGCUGCACUGGUGCAUUACAGCGAUCCCUACGCAGAUGGAGACCCCCACUGGGCUCCCAAAUCUUACCUGGAGAAAGUGGUAGCCAUUUACGACUACACUAAGGACAAAGAUGACGAGCUUUCCUUUAUGGAAGGCGCCAUUAUCUACAUCAUUAAGAAGAACGACGACGGUUGGUUUGAAGGCGUGUGCAACGGCGUCACUGGCCUGUUUCCCGGCAACUACGUGGAGUCUAUCAUGCACUACGCUGACUGA